CCAAACAAGAUGAUACACAAUUAGACAUAUCAAUUUUGAUAAACCGGCUUCUGCCAAAGAUCGUUUUUGAAUUUUUUUAUGAAUAUUGAGUGUUUGUCCGACGAUUUUGAGUGUUUUUCCGACGAUUGUACCUGUAAUUAUGGAUGAAUCGCGCAAAACAGGUCAAUGGUUCUCCGAAGUAUCCAAAGAGACAUGUCCCGGCCAGUCGUUCUCGUUGGAAAUGGAUGAUGUAUUGGACCAAAGAAAGUCGAAGUACCAAGACAUCCUUCUUUUUCAGAGCCGAACGUACGGAAAAGUGUUGGUACUGGACGGAAUGAUCCAAGUAACUGAGCGCGAUGAGUUCGCGUACCAAGAGAUGAUGGUGCACAUGCCCAUGUUUUCCCAUCCGAAUCCCCAGAAGGUGCUGAUUGUUGGCGGCGGAGAUGGCGGAAUUCUGCGCGAGGUGGUCAAACAUGACUGCGUGCAGAGUGUCGUGCAGUGCGAGAUCGACGAAGAAGUCAUUAAUGUCAGUCGGAAGUUUUUACCGUCCUUGUCCUCGGCAUUCGAACACCCGAAAUUCAAACUCCAUAUUGGCGACGGAUUUGAGUUUCUGAAAAAUCAUCAAGGGGAAUUUGAUGUGAUUAUUACCGAUUCAUCCGAUCCUGUUGGUCCGGCGGAAGGCUUAUUUGGUGCGGCAUACUACCAACUCUUGAAAAAUGCUUUGCGUACUGGUGGAAUCGUCUGUUCUCAGGGCGAAAGUAUAUGGUUGCAUUUGGAUUUUAUAAAGCGUUUGAUGAAUUCGUGCCGGGAAUUGUUUCCUGUAGUGGAUUACGCCAGCAUCAGUAUCCCUUCUUAUCCUUGUGGACAGAUUGGCGCAAUUCUUUGCGGCUUAAAUCCACAAACGAAUUUUCGAAGCGCUCUGCGGGCACCGGAUGAACAUACGGGUAGUACAUGGAAUUUGCGAUAUUACACACCGAGGGUGCAUUCCACAGCCUGCAUACUGCCUCUGUUCGCGGAAAAGGAACUGUUUUCGUAAUAAUUUCUCUGUUAAGAUUUUUUGUCACUUUUGUUAGUAUUUACGUUAGUUGUUUUCCAAAAUAACCACAGCUGUCUGUCUGUUGCGGUUGCGUGCGGAGUUUAAUAAUGCAAUGUAGUAAUAUCUUUCUGGAAGUUUUGGAGGUACACCGUUUCGUGAAAUGGAUAAAUGUUCCCGUAGGAAGUACGAUUGCGAUUCACUUUGUAAAACUCUGUGCAUUUGGGAACAUUUAAUGCUGUUGAUCGAUAAUC